AUGCGCCGAGGGUCCAAACGCGAAUGGCGCCGCAAUGCACCAAUGCAUGCAAAUUCUACAAUGCUGUACUGCAACAUAGCAAUUGCAGAGAUCGGAAUGGGCCUGACUGGCUUCGGCGUUUUCUUCCUGUUGUUCGGCAUGCUGCUGUUCUUUGACAAGGCUCUGCUUGCCAUCGGAAACGUCCUGUUUGUGGCUGGAUUGGCCUUUGUCAUCGGACUAGAGAGAACAUUCCGCUUCUUCUUCCAAAAGCACAAAGUUAAAGCCACAGCGUUCUUCCUGGGCGGAGUGUUUGUGGUCCUCAUCGGCUGGCCUCUCAUCGGGAUGGUACUCGAGAUCUAUGGCUUCUUCCUGCUUUUCAGGGGAUUUUUCCCGGUGGUUGUAGGUUUCAUCCGAAGAGUCCCUGUAUUAGGAUCCAUUCUGAAUUUACCUGGAAUAAGCUCGCUUGUAGACAAGGCCGGGGAGAGUAACAAUAUGGUAUAAGAUCGGUUGUCGGUUGGUCAUUGGGCAAUGCACAACAUCAAUUGCAAACGAACGGAGGAGGUCACAUCUGGGAACAGUCAAUCACACUAAAUCCGCUGUUACGCUCGCCCAAGGGACCGCCUCCGCCUCGAAGAUUUCGGGUCCACAAAUGUUGCUGACAUUAAAAGGACAAAAGUUAGGGGUUUUUUUCCAAGAUGUUGCUCUUCUGUUUGGCAGUGGGGGGUCCUCCGCCCCCCAGAGUCCGGUUCAUCUGUGGAACCUGUUUCUUUGCACUAAAGGAAAUCGGGAUUUUUAUUUUUUAUUUAUAAUGAUGCGGAAUAAAAAGCCACGCCCCCUUGUGACCGGGACUGCCCACAGCUCAUGCAUGAAAGCUGCGCUGGAUGGAGACAUUUUUAAGAGCCAGUGAAAAAAAAAAAUAGGAUUUAUAAAAAUCAGGUUAUUACUGUGUGAAUAAACCAUUUUUGUAAAUACAUCCCCAA